AGUUCUUCACAGAAAAAAAUUAACACUUUCUCAGACUCAAAGAUUACUAGAGAGAGAAAAAAGCACAAAAAAUAAGGCUUUCGGUCUUCUUGAUACUUCCGGUUAUGUUCUUCAUACAGAUUUCCAUAGUUCUGAAGAAAGCAAAAUAUGGGUUUUUGUGAGAAUCGAAAUCCAAAUGUGGGUACCCCCUCCGUUCACGGAUUCUUGUAGAAAAAGGAAGAGGAGAGAUGGUUUAUCAGUAGCCGAUACUCUGAAACAAUGGAGUGAGAAUUGGGAGACAAAACGAGCGCUUAAGGCCCCUGCAAAGGGCUCCAAAAAGGGGUGUAUAAAAGGCAAAGGAGGCCCUCAGAACCAAGCUUGUAUCUACAGAGGCGUUGGGCAAAGGACUUGGGGUAAAUGGGUGGCUGAAAUUCGAGCUCCUAAUAAAGGGAAACGACUCUGGCUCGGUACUUUUCCCACAGCCUUGGAAGCUGCUUUAGCCUACGAUCAAGCCGCCAUGACCAUGUAUGGCGAUAAAGCCAUCUUAAAUAAUCCCCUUGUUUCGGUUACGAGUUCGGAGGCUACGUUGGUUACUCGUGCCAACUCCGACUCGAUGACUGCAUCGAGUUGCUCUGAAAUCUACGGUGGAAAUGUGGGCGGCGAUGUGAUGGAUAAUGCGACUACGACCGGAGAUGUUGUUGAUGCGAGCAAUGGUGAAGACAAAGCGAAAGAGGAAGGGAAAGUAACAGAGGACGAGUCCAUGGAAGAGAUGGAUUAUAGUUGGCUUAAUGGAUGAUGUCUCGUUGAAUGACUUAGGGAAUAGUG